ACAAAAACCAACCACCAGUGAGGCGAUACCGGAAGUGAUUUGGACUCAGAAUGGCUCCCAACCGCACAAUAGGGUGUCUGAAUGCAACAUACAAGCCGGAACACAAUUUGAAUGAGUCAAUUUUAUCAGAUGGUGCCACCCUGAACAUUUUAAUUGCUAUCUCAGUGAUUAGUGUUCUCUUGAUAUUUGUAAUGGCUGUUACAUGGGCAAGAAAGUAUCGCACUUUGACUUCCACAAUACGAGAGCUUCGUGGCACUGGUGGGACUCUAUUGACCGGACGUCCACCGUCCACACCUCCAGUGAGAGGCUCCCCCUCUCUACAACCGUUAUCUGAAGUAGUCGCACGUGACUCCCAGGAUCCCAUCUCAACUGACAGCCUACAUGAACGCCCCGACCGCUCAGCCGCAAGUAAGACGCACGCUGCAACGGUCACAGUACAGGGUUCUUUCUUCAAUAAGCAUGGACUGUGCAUGCAGGUGCUUCUCAAGGCGGGCAGAGAGGGAGUGUACUAUAAGGCCAAAAUGUUACGUAGUACGUGCAAGGGAUACACUAACGUAACCUGCAAAUUAAUAAAGGAAGUUGUACCAAAGAAGAAGAUCGAGAGGGAGGUGAAGAUCUUGAGGAGGUUGGGAACACACAAGAACCUGCUUCAACUGCUAGACUGGAAUAUCACUGACACUCCAUACAUAUUGAUCAUGUAGUCAGUGAACUGUGGGACCUUACGCAGCUUCCUCAAAGUCAACAAGGAGCAGCUGAAGAGAGAGACUAACCUGCAGAUCCUCCUGACCACAGCAGCGUACCACAUCGCCCAUGCCAUGCUUCACCUGAGCUCCAAACUGGUGAUCCAUGGUGACCUGGCCCUGAGGAAUAUCAUGGUUCACAGUUUCCCCUCUGAGGUGAAACUGACAGAGUUUGGCCUGGCCAGAGACCUGACCUACAUGAGGAGCCGUCGUGGGAUUCGAAAAGGCGUCGACAAGAACAAAGUGCCUUUACGCUGGUAUCCUCCUGAGUUCUUCCAACACAACACCUACAGCUUUAAAGGAGAUGUCUGGUCCUAUGGAAUUCUCCUGUGGGAGAUGGAAACGUUUGGUACCUUGCCGUAUCCAGAUAUGGACAAUUCUGAUGAAGUGAUACGCAACGUCUGCUCAGGAUACAGGAAUGUAGAUCCAGAGUUUUGCAGGCCAGAAAUAUGCCAGAUGAUGAGAUCUUGCUGGCUGGAUCCCUUCAGUCUUAGACCGUCUUUUAAAGAUAUCGUCAGGAUCCUGGAGAACAUUCUGGAGAAUGAUCAUGAUUACGUGACAGUAGAAAGCAUUGGUCAGGGCUUUUUUUCUGUGACGAGUGAUCGUUGAAUGUUUUUAUACAAGCUUGCACUUAUUUAAGUAAAAUGUACUGAUAGGCUAGAUUACCUUAAGUGCACACUUGCAAAUGCUUUCACUAAUAUAACUAUACUAUAUACUUAUGUAACUUGUUUAACUACAUGCUCUUAUGGUUCUUCCCUUUGGCACUUA